AUGUACAAUCCAUUUAAACCCAUCGUAAACUUCUUCCACCGUGAAUUCCUUGGACCAAACACCAAGAAAGUAGAAAAGAACUGGGAAUCCAUCAAACGUGUUAUGGAAUGGUCUGCCAUUAUUUAUAUUAUUUAUAUUGCCAGCGAACCAAUUAAUCCAGAAUUAUACGAACUCAAGAAGUAUUUGGAACAAUCCGAAAGAUAUGUGGGCAUGCAAUUGAGUAAUGUUGUGAAUCAAGAGUUUGAAAAGAUUGAAAUGGAAAAUCGUGCAAUGGGAUUCUAA